GUGUCGUCACGCAGGAGGAAGUGCUCGAGACUAGUUGACGGUCAGCUCGCUUUAGCAUGGCAGGAAAGAUUUACAGCUACGGUGAGACGAUCUCCCGUAAAAGCUCCGUAAAGGCAGUUCUGCCUAGGAGGGCCGACCCCACUGAGUUGAAAGCCAUUUUUGAAAAGUAUGCCAACGUCAAGAAGAAUGAGGAGAGCUUCAUGUCACCACAGGACUUUGUGAGCCGCUUUCUCCAUGCCCACACAGACAUCCGGCUGUCGGACGAGGCCGCGAAGCUGCUGGCUGGAGUCGUGGAUCAAAAGAAAGAUGGGCUGAUCUCCUUUCAAGAGUUCGUAGCAUUCGAGUCGGUGCUGUGCGCUCCAGACUCGCUCUACAUGGUCGCCUUCCUGCUGUUUGACAAGGCAGGCAGUGGAAUGACCAGUUUUGAGGAUGUGAAGGAGGUCUUCAGCCAGACCACCAUCCACCAGCACAUCCCCUUUAACUGGGACUGUGAUUUCAUCCGGAUGCACUUUGGCAGCGAGAGGGCGAAGCGGCUCAGCUAUGGAGAGUUCACCCAGUUUCUCCUGGAGAUGCAGCUGGAACAUGCGCGGCAGGCUUUCAUCCAGCGGGACCAGGAUCACAGCGGCUCCAUCUCGGCCCUGGACUUCAGGGACAUCAUGGUCACCAUCCGGCCACACAUCCUCACAUCCUUCGUGGAGCAAUGCCUCGUGGCGGUUGCGGGUGGCACCACAUCUCACCAGGUCAGCUUCUCCUACUUCAACGGAUUCAACUCUCUUCUCAACAACAUGGAGCUGAUCAGGAAGGUCUUCAGCACUCUGGCUGGCCACCGCAAAGAUGUGGAAGUCACCAAAGAGGAGUUUAUUGUGGCAGCUCAGAGGUUCGGUCAGGUGACACCCAUGGAGGUCAACAUCCUCUUUCAGCUGGCUGACCUGUCAGAUCCUAGAGGACGUGUUGGUUUAGUGGACAUUGAGCAGAUCGCUCCGCUGGAGGAAGGCGCCCUGCCCUACAACUUGGCCGAGGUCCAGAGACAGCAGUUGGGCGGUGACGUCUCCCGGCCCAUCCUCACCCAGGUGGCCGAGUCGGCCUACAGGUUCUCCCUUGGCUCUGUGGCAGGGGCUGUGGGGGCCACAGCAGUGUACCCCAUUGAUCUGGUGAAGACUCGCAUGCAGAACCAGAGGGGCAGCGGCUCCCUGGUGGGAGAGCUCAUGUACAAGAACAGCUUCGACUGCUUCAGGAAGGUGGUGCGCUACGAGGGCCUCUUCGGCCUUUACCGAGGUCUCGUACCACAGCUACUGGGUGUGGCGCCCGAGAAAGCCAUAAAGCUCACAGUGAAUGACUUUGUGCGAGGAAAGACUCGACAGAAAGACGGCACCAUCCCGCUGGCAGCUGAGAUCAUGGCUGGUGGAUUUGCUGGCGGCUCCCAGGUGAUCUUCACCAACCCUCUGGAGAUUGUAAAGAUCCGUCUGCAGGUGGCAGGAGAGAUCACCACGGGGCCGAGGGUCAGCGCCCUGUCCGUCAUCAGAGACCUCGGCUUCUUUGGACUUUACAAGGGUUCAAAGGCUUGUUUCCUGCGAGACAUCCCAUUCUCAGCCAUCUACUUCCCCUGCUACGCCCACCUUAAGGCUCACUUCUCUGAGGAGGACGGCAGGAUAGGGCCGGCCAAGAUGCUCCUGGCUGGAGCGCUGGCAGGCAUGCCGGCGGCCUCCUUGGUGACCCCGGCUGACGUGAUCAAGACACGGCUGCAGGUGGCGGCGCGGGCCGGGCAGACCACCUACAGCGGCCUGGUGGACUGCUUCUGGAAGAUUCUCCGAGAGGAGGGACCCCGGGCCUUCUGGAAAGGAGCUGGAGCUCGUGUGUUCAGAUCCUCUCCUCAGUUUGGAGUGACCUUGGUGACCUAUGAACUCCUUCAGCGCUGGUUCUAUGUUGACUUUGGAGGACAAAAGCCGGCUGGCUCCGAGCCCACCCCCAAGUCUCGGAUCAGCCUCCCGGCGCCCAACCCCGACCACAUCGGAGGCUUCAGGUUGGCCGUGGCCACGUUCGCUGGCAUCGAGAACAAGUUUGGGCUCCAUCUCCCACGCUACACGGUGGCCCCCCCCGCUGUGAGCGACCCCUGAACCUCCACUGGUAGAGAGUUAUUGCAAGAGGGGGCUUGAAUGUAGUAUUUUAUUUUAUUCCUAUUAUCAUAUAUUAGUCUAUUUGCAUCCACGUGGAUUAUUGGAGCGAUUAUCAGACACUCAAAGAAAACUCUUUG